AUGUUGCGACAUCCAGCCCGCGUCGCCCUUCGGCGCAUUCCUCUCUCGCCGACAUUGACGACUGUGCGCCACGAGCAUGGCGUCCCUGCAACUGUGGUCGAUCGCGGCUUCUGGCGCAGCCUGAUCCCCAAGCCGAUGCGAAAGGAAAACCGCCUGCCACGCACCAAGUCGAAAGAAUGGAAUCCGGCCACAUUCUUCAUCGUCAUGUUUCUGCUCAUCGGCAGCAUGUCGAUUCAGAUGAUCGCCAUGCGCAAUGCGUUCACGCGAUACAUGCGGUUGAGCGAGGCGCGCAUUGCGACGCUGAAAGAAGUGGUUGAAAAGAUACAAAAGGGGGAGACUGUCGACGUCGAAAAGGCGCUGGGCACUGGCGACCCGGAGAAGGAGCAGGGACAGUGGCGAGCCAAAGGCUUCCAAGAAGAGCAAACGCCGGGAGCCAGAACCCGAAGCAGCGAAGCAGCCUGA